AUGGCUGCCAUAACUCCAGAAGUUCGAUACCAGCUGGAACACUGGGGCGAUGACAGAGGAGCUUCGAUCAUCGCCGCAGCCAGUAUCUUGAUGAUCGCAACCACUCUUUUCGUAGCAUUACGGAUAUGGGCACAAAAAUUGGUCAAGUCGAGUUUCGAUCUUGAUGAUUACCUCAUUGUUGGGGCACUGGCAAGCGUUCACUACGGUAUUGGGCAGCAUCUGGUCCGAGCGGUCAAGACCGAUUCUUUUCCACCAGACAAACUGGUCAAUCUAUUCAAGGCUAUUUGGGUAGAGGGUUUUCUCUGGGCUUUGGAGAUACCACUCGUCAAAAUCGCCAUCCUGAUAUUCUAUCGUCGGAUAUUCACAGGAAACCAACGAUGGUUCAAAUGGGCCUUUUGGAUUAUGCUGACUUACUCUAUACUCUGGGGAACUGCUACUUUCAUAAUUGUCAUUGUACAAUGUGUCCCGAUAAAUUUGAGGCGCAAACUUGAGAUCAUGAUCAUCUUCGGACUGGGAGCAUUCGUGUUGGGGGCUAGUAUCGUUCGACUCCGGUUUAUUUGGCUUGACGAAAAUUCCGCGGACCCUACUUGGGACGAUGCCGAAACUUUAGUCUGGACCCCAGUAGAAUGGUGCGUCGGCGUAAUCUGCGCCUGCAUACCCUGCAUGGCACCUCUUCGGCGCCUUGUUGGCGGCGGCACCGGCUACAGAACCACUGGCAAAGCCAGAACAAAGGAUAUUCCCUUGGCGACUUCGCAUACAUGGCCCGGAGAGCAUUCAAUUUUUCAUAGCGAACAUAGUAAGAACGACGAAGAGAGCGGUGAGUUCGGUGAAGAUGGCUGGGCGUCUAGGAUGGAGGCUGUUACAACCAAAGUUGGAGAGCCAGGAUCGGAAACUCAGGUAUAUACCCCUCCAUACAGAAGUGUGGUUGUCAAUGGGGCGUCGGCGGACCCAAGGGUGAGUGGGAUCAGGGAGGAGGUGCCUAGCAAUCAGAUCAAAGUUAGUAAGGAUCUGACGUGGUCGGAAGAAACGACGAGGGAGGGGGAUUCAUUCCACCCAACCCUCGGUAUGAACUCAAAAGAAAAAUCCGACCACGACGCCUCUGGAGUCGCCAAAUUUCUCACGACAGACCCGGCCGAAGUCGACAAAAAGAUCAACGAACCCAUCAAAAAGCUCCUACAGGAAUAUAGUCACAUACCACAGGAGACGACGGUGGGACAUGUUCUUGAGCUGAGAAGAGGGGGCAUAGACGGAAACCCGCGCAAACCAAGCGCUGACCCUCCUCCCUCUCUUAGCUACGCCUGCAUCGGCCAACUACGCUUCCUCAACCUCUCCCUCCGCACCCACCCCGCCUACCCGCAAAUCCUCCACCGCCUCACCAGCACCCCAAACACCACCCUCCUGGACCUAGGCUGCUGUUUCGCGCAAGACCUGCGCCAGCUCGUCCUCGACGGCGUGGCCUCCGACCGCCUCUACGGCAUCGACGUCGACCGCAAGUUCAUCGACCUCGGCUACGACCUCUUCCUCGACCGCAGCACCCUGGACAGCCACUUCCUCACCGUCGAUGCGCUCGGCCCGUCCGCGGCCCAAGACCUCGCCGACGUGAAUGCCAAAAUAGACAUCGUCUGGGCCGCCUCCUUCUUCCACCUCUUCCCACGGCCGCGACAGCUCGCGGUCGCCAAGACGGUCGUCGCACUGCUGAAGCCGGUGCCCGGGUCCAUGCUGCUGGGCCGGCAGCUGGGCAGCGUCAAGCCGGGGGAGUAUGAUGUGAUGAAAGACGGGCGAUGGCAGUUCCGACAUGAUGUGCAGAGCUGGACGGAAUUUUGGGAGGAGGUGGGCCGCGAGACUGACACGAGGUGGAGGGUUGAGGCCAGUCUUGACGAGGUAGAUUUUGGCUACGCGCAGAACAGGGAGUGGGGCGAUCCCGAUAUGAGGCGAUUGUUGUUUCAGGUUGUAAGGGAGUGA